AUGCCAAUUGGUUCAAAUAAGUUUCUUUUCACUCAAAUAAUGCUUUAAAAGAAGAAAAGAAUAAAAAACAAAAUAUAAAUAAAAAAAAUUAAAAAAAAAAUAGAAAUUUCCUAAGGCUAUAGCUAGUGGGUCAAGAGCGAAAGAAGUAUUUCAAUCGCUCCGGUCAUCUUAUUGUGCGCGCUCCCGCACAGCACAGCUCAGAGUUUUGCAAAAAUUUUCUGAAUCGCGUUCGCAAACGCGACAAUUGCUAAUCGUUUAGUGACCGGGUGAAAUCGUGCGUGCGAUUUGAGUUGAAGUGAUGUUGAAAGAAAACAAAACAAAUCAUGACAGUUUGCCGUUUGACAUUGGUACCGGCUGUCAUAUCGCACCGUAGUAAACAAACACUCGGCACAACAAGCAGCACUUUUGCUGAUUUUACCCGAAUGGAUCGUUUAAUUUCUUCCUUUGGAAGCAUCUCUCACGUUUAGUUCUUUGCAGGUACCGAUCCGACAAGGGUUGGCUGAAAAUGGUUUCAACUUCAAGUACAAUCCAUACCUUAAGUGCAGUGCUAGCGUUAACGGUGUUCAUGCCCACGGCGGAUUCAUUGAGCGCUUUUCUUAAUGUUGCCAUUCACAACAGUGGAUUCCAUCGUGAUAUACAUUACGGCCUUCGGUUUGGUGGUAUCGGGCGCAUGUCCUGCGAGCUAUUGCUCGUACAGCAGCUACCGGCAGCGAUCUACGUCAACACGGACCAGCUGGUGGAUAUGAAGCGUUUCCACAAAAUCAACAGCUACGUGCCUUUGUACGUCGAUGUGGAAAAACCGGCCAGCAAAUCGGACCCUUUCACCGUGUACUUGUAUGAAUCGGUGCGGAGGGAAAUCAACAUUACGCUUCCGAUCCAUUUCCGCUAUCACGAUCCGUCCGGGCGCAAGUUCGAACGGAUUCAAGUGGAAAGUCCCACACUGUUUGUACGGUGCAGCAACGUGCAUGCGAGCAAGUACCCGCUGCGAACGGUGGGAAAAGCGAAUCUACCCUGCUCGGACAGUUCGGAGAUUGAAGACUACGAUAAGCUACAUCAAGCGGAACUGUGCGAAUGGGACGAGAUGGAAUUCAACAAUCUACCUACGGUAAUAAGUGUCCUGAUUCCGGUUGGAAAUAGUGCAUCGUACAGUUUCGUCCUACCGGCCACCAUCAUUGUCAGCUGGAUCGGUAGUAUGUAUCUAAUCUACGUAAUUCUUAAGGUGGGACGAAGGGUGAACAAAAAGUUGCUCUAAAGCCGUUAACAAUUGUGAUCACAGAGCAAACACGAUCACACAGCGCCCGAUCUCAUGUGCACGUUUGUAUGCAUGCUCAAUUCUUUCAAAUGCAUUCGAUGGUCGCAUUUAGUUUUUUUUUUAUUAACAUAACGUUUUAUAAAUAUAGCCAAUCUUUCUCUAUACGAUGAUACAACUUCAGCUACACAAAAACCAGCCUUUCUUCCUGCUUACCACGAAAGUGGGAGCCAGUUUUAAAUGUAAAUGCUUUUUCGUACAUUUUCUUAUAAUACUAACUGAUAUGACUAUAACGAGAAAAUUCCCAGUUCGUUCUAUCACACCCCUGUUGUUUUUUUGUUCCUGUAACGCAGUUCCUGUCUGUACGGUUUGGGCGGUUUUUU